AUGCCGAAUGGUGAUUUUGCUUCUUGGGCGAGUAUGUUAUUUAAGCAGUUGGACCAAGAUCAUAUUGAAUUAUUUUGGACAACUUGUUGGAUGAUGUGGUUUGCUAGGAAUCAACUUUGUUUUUCCGGAAAUGAUAUUCCGUGGGAUAUUAUCAUUGCCCAGGCUUCCAGAAUUCGACUGGACUUUCAGGAAGUGAACCAAGAGAAGAAGGAAACUCGGGGUGAUGUCGCUGCUUACUGGAUUAAUCCCGAUAAUGGUUGGAUUAAAAUAAAUUCUGACGCAGGAUUUUCGAGGGUGAAUUCUUGGCGCUUGGGUUUUGUUGGCAGGGAUAACGAUGGCGAGGUCUUGAUUGCAGGUAAUAAAACUAUGAAUAAAGGGCUGUCGAUUAUUGAAGCAGAAGAUGAAGCCUUGCUUUGGGCUUUGAAAACAACAAAGGAGUGCGGGUUGGACUCGGUUAUUGCUGAAUGUGAUAAUUUGCAGCUUAUUAAUGGUUUGGCAAACGCUGAGCUAUAUAUAACUGAGGUUGGGGAUAUGCUGAAUAGCAUUUUAUCUGAGUUAUAUAUAGCCGCUAAACAGUGA